ACGGUUCCACGUGGAAUUUAACGGUUCGAACUACAAAACAGAACUAUUUGAUGCAAAUUAUAAUAAAUUUUAGUUAAUUAUGAUUUAACAUUUUAUAUAAUUAAAAGUAGGAUAGUUAAUUUCAUUAAGAUCAAACACAUACACGAGUUUAGAGAUGCUAAAAAAAGAAAAAAAAAUGGCGGGUCGCUAAAUUAGUUCCACAAAUUUUAUAGUCUAACAGAAGAGAUUUUUAUGUAUUGGAGAAGAGGAUGUAAAUGUGAUUCGAAGAAAGUUUUUAUCUUUUAAUACAGUCAAAAGGGUGCUGUAAAUGAUUAUCGAGCGGGAUAUUUUAAGUAUUUUUUAAAUAAUUAACGAUGAUAAUUGAUUUAGAAAGUUUGCCUUUUGGUCAUUUUACUCCUCUCAUACAUUUUAAAUUUGCACUUUCGGAUUUUUAUGAUGGAUGUCUGCACUCACAGCAGUAAUGUAGAUGAUGAGACUGGUGACCAGAAUCCUUCUUCUUUUCUUUGCCCUUUCUCUAGUUUCUUUGAUUUUUAUUGGGAGAUGCGGAUUCAAGUUGGAAGAAUUAGGAACCUCACAGACUUCGGUGCUAACAGAACUUGAUGAACAGAAUACGCCAUCUUAUGUCGAAUUACUUCGUAGGAAAGACGAAGAAUACAGAAGAGAUACCGAGAAAUUGCAAGAGCAGAUAAACGAAUUGAAGAGGAAGCUUCAAGAAGGCGUGAAACCGAUACCUUUAGAAAGUAAAUUUAUUGAAGAUCACGACGAGUGCACAGAUUAUAUAAAGAAGCAAAUAAAUGCAGCGGAAAUUCGCCAUGGUGUUCAACUGAAUAAUGAGUAUGAAGUGAUACCUUUCAGUCAUUUUACUUUCAGUAGAGUCUAUCCAGUUUCUUUGGGAUUAGGGAAAAGAGUUGUCGAAAAACCCAUAGGUUACAAGAGGAAGGAUCUUCUAGAAGUAUUUGUCAGAGCUUUAGAAGUGAUUAACAGAGGUAGGAAAGGAAAGCAACGUUAUACAGUGGAUGAUUUUGUUGAGGGUAUGUACAGAAACGAGCCAACAACGGGCACGCAGUAUCAUCUUUAUUUCAAAGAGAAGAACGUUACGAAAGCUUAUCAUAGAGUGGUGCUGAUGAGACCUUUUUCUACCGUUCAAACCAUUUCUAACGAAGUGGUAAAGACAUCGAGAGAGCUCAUCAAUAUAAUCCUUCCUCUUUCAGGAAGAAUUGAAACAUUUCGUAGCUUCAUGGAAAAGUUCGUGAAGGUGUGUAUCAAACACGACAAAAAAGUAUUUUUGACUGUUGUAUAUUUUGGCCAGAAAGGACUUCAAGAUGUUCGCAUCAUCCUGACUAAAGUGUCGAGAGAGACUCGCUUUCGUAAUGUUAAAUUACUGACCUUGAACGAAACGUUUUCUCGCGGGAAAGGCCUUCAAUUAGGCGCACAACACUGGACGAAAGGUGACGUUCUACUCUUCAUGUGCGACGUUGACAUCAUAUUUUCAGCGAAAUUCUUAGAAAGGUGCCGAAUGAAUGCCUCGCCGGGUAGGAAAGUGUAUUAUCCCAUAGUCUUCAGCUUAUAUAAUCCUUCGAACGUGUAUAGUUUGCAAGGUAAAGUGAUACCAUCAGAAACAGAACAAUUGGUGAUCUCAAGAGACACUGGAUUCUGGAGAGAUUUCGGCUACGGAAUGACUUGCCAAUACCGCAGCGAUUUCGUCAACAUUAAAGGAUUUGAUGAAGAAAUUGUCGGAUGGGGAGGAGAAGAUGUAAUGCUAUAUCGUAAGUAUGUUCGUAGCCAUCUUACAGUUGUUAGGUCUACAGAUCCAGGAAUCUUUCACAUCUGGCACGACAAAGAAUGUGAUCCUAAAUUAUCCGUAGAACAAUACAGAGCCUGUUUAAGAUCUAGAGCAUUAAGUGAAGCAUCGCAUGCCCAAUUAGGACUUUUAGCUUUUGGAGACGAGUUAAAGAAACAUCAAGAAAGCUCUGUUGAUAAUUUCUCACAAUCUGCGGGUUACAAAGACUCCUACAAUGCGGUCGAUGGAUUAUAAAUUUACUAUAUUUUGUUUUUUAAUUAAUUUAAAAUUUAGAUAACCAUAUUAAUUUAUUAAUUUGUAAAUUCAAGUUUAUUAAAAUUCUCAAGAAUAUAUUAUUUGGGAGGUAAAGAAUUUCUUUUUAGACGAGUAUCUGUUCAAUUUUAAAGAUUUAAAGUUGCGAUAAGUUACCUUUUCAGCAGCUAUAUUAGAAUUUUAUGGACGAAUUACUCGAAGAUGCUAAAGUACUUCAUCUUUAAAUCUAGGCGAAUUGAAAAGAUUUCUAGAUGGAGAGAG